CAUUCCCCUCCCCAGAGCUCCUGGUGUUUCUAUAGUAAUUUCCAGCCAAUGAUCAGUUGGUGUCCACAUCCCCAUCCUCCUCACCUCAGCACCAAUCAGCCACACACAGCGACAGGAGACACCUCACCUCCAGUCUUUGCCUCACAGACAACAGGCACAGCCAGGACGCCAUUACAAACAUAGACAUUUCUUUUGACUUUUUCUUGCAUCAGGAAUGCUGUAUCCGCGCGCAAAGAUGGUGUUAUUGUAGCGAUCGCCCGAUGCGAGUUUAUUGUGUAUUCAUCGCAGUAAUGUACUGCUCUAGUGUCUGGAUUGUCUGUGGAGGGAAUAAACCAGGAUGGUAACGUGUUGUGUCUAACCAGCUUCACCUUGCCAACAAGCAUCUACCUACUCUCCAAUAUUUAACGUGAGAUCUAAGCAACUUAGCAACAGUCAUGUCUAAUAUAAACAAUUCACUUUGCAUCGAGAGCGGACAAGGCACAGACGUGUCACUCUUGCAAAAGGAUAAUCUUCAGGAUGGUGGAUUAAGCCAGCUGUUUGAUUACAAUGCGGAAAUGGAAAGGUACAGGUCUUUUGCGAACUUUUAUAAAACCAAUGGGGCAUUUCCACAGACUGCUAAAAUUGCCCGCAUAACGACACCAAUUUUUCCCAGCGCUAGAAUUGGCGUGUCCCCUUGGAACUGUGAUAACGGCAUGCUCUGGGGAAGGAAAUCAGCGUCAAUAAACCCUAAUAGGACCAGCAUGCAUAGAAACGACUCCCCAAGGCCGGGGAAACCUGGCGUGCCACCAGAGACGCUGCAAAUGGCAAAUAAUAAUUUCCUCUCUAGCUUAUCCCCUGAACACUGCAGACCUUUAGCAGGAGAAUGCAUGAACAAGCUGAAAUGUGGUGCUGCCGAGGCAGAGAUAAUGAAUCUCCCGGAACGCGUUGGAACUUUUUCCGCUAUUCCGGCUUUAGGGGGCAUCUCAUUACCUCCCGGGGUCAUCGUCAUGACAGCCCUUCACUCCCCCACAGCCUCGGCAGCCGUUACAGACAGUGCGUUUCAAAUUGCCAAUCUGGCAGACUGCCCACAGAAUAAUUCCUCCGCAUCCAGCGGAAACCCAGCAAAAAAGAAAAGGAAAAGGUGUGGGGUCUGUGCACCCUGCAGGAGACUAAUCAACUGUGGAGUGUGCAGCAGUUGUCGGAACCGUAAGACGGGUCACCAGAUUUGCAAGUUUCGGAAAUGCGAGGAGCUGAAAAAGAAGCCUGGCUCAUCACUAGAGAGAACACAAGUUAAUAACGGGGAAGCGUUUCGAUGGUUCUUUUAGUGCUCUAAACGAAGUGACAUUUAGUGACAGACUUGCCGCUCAAGGAGCAUUCGGGGCUUCAGGAACCCAGAACCAAACCCAACAGUGGACGACAGAGCAUGAGAGAGAGUGGGACACGCAAAAAGAAAAUAUUCAUAAAACUGUACUUUCAUUUCCUGUGUAAUUAUUAUUGUACAUUUUGGCAGUAUCAUAAUGUAAAUUUUUCAGUGUCAACAAUGUUUGCAAUGUUAAUGUUGUGCAAGUUGCAGCCACUCUUAUGUGAAUGACAAAGUAGACAAUCAUUACAAACAGGAGGAGUGUCAACACGGGCCAAUAAUUACACAGAUAUCUUGGAAACAAAACACUUUUUUUUAAAUCUGGAGCAAUAAUCAUAAAGGUAAUUGUUCUCUGCCAUUAUUUUCCAGUGUUCUUUGAAAUGAUCUUAAAAAUACCUCUUUCACAUAAACCGACCAUUUCAGGGGGACAAGUUGUGUCCUUUAUAAUUAUUGUGAUGUUUUGUAAUUGACACACUGUGUACUGACAGUAAACAAAAGCCAGUAGAUUUCUUUCUUUUCAGAUGUGUUGAUUUUAUGUGGCAUAUUGAAGUGCCGUAGUGCACUUUUUAAAGUCUGGUUACACUGAGAGAAGUUGAUUUAAGAUUAAAGUUUAUAUAGUCUCUCAGAGUUUGAUUGCAUUCUGUUUAGGUUUGGUUUUUUAAAAGCUGCCUAAAGGUAGGUAGAGAACCAGAACUUUUGUGAACAUCACAAUAAGAAUUGUGAUUUACAUUUUAAAAUGCUCACAAUGCAGUAUACUACACAUUCCAAAAUGAAUUAUCCAAUAAGUUGCUCAUUGUCUUUACCCGUAUGUUGCAUGUGUAAUGUGUUUUUGUUUGAAAGAUAAAUAAGAAUUUGUUGUUGUGAUGCCUUUAUGUGUUGAAAUAAUAAAGGAAAUGAAAAAGA